AUGGACUUAAAUAAGAUAGCUACAGAAAAUAAUAUAAUAGGUACUCCUUGUGGACCAUAUUUAUAUCCAUUAUCUCUACGUGGUAGAAAAGUUCUAUCUUUAUUAUCAGAUGAAUCCGAAAGUUCUGAGUAUGAAGAAGAAAUUGUAGAGAAUAUUAUCCUAAAUGAUAGUAAUAAUGAUGUGGAAAUACCUGAAGUACAGGAAUUGAACAAGUCUAAAUCUAUGAGUUGUAAAGAAGAAUAUUCCAAACUAUCUACCCAUAACCAGGGAGAUAUGGAUAGUAAAUCUAAAAAAUCUACAUUUAGUUAUAUAAGUCUUGAAGAUGCUAUUGACAUACAGUAUGCAAGGGAUUUUGAAUAUUUCUUUGGAGUUCCAUAUAAACCAUACUUAAGGCACAAUAUAUAUAGAGUAGGGAAGAACAUGAGACCUCCUCUAGAUCCAUUACAACAAAAUUCAAUCUACAAAAAUAAUCAAAGACUUCUAUAUAAUGAUCCUUGGCCACAAAUAGAUGUGAGCAUCCCAAUACCUUAUAAAAAACAACCUCAAGCACCAGCCACUGUAGAUAAACAUGGAUUUCCAAUUGAAUGGAUUAAAACCAUAAAGGAAAAUAGAAAAAAUAAUUUAAUUUUUAAUUCCGGGAAAUUUUGUGGAGAUAAGAAAUUUUUAAGUCCUAAGGGAGUCUCUAGUUCAUUAGGAGAUGCUAUAGAUGCAUGGGAAUCUUCUAAUGCUCUUUUACAAUGGAAUAUACCUAACAUUCUUGGAGAAGAAAAAAAGGGCAAGAAACAAAAGAGAGUAUCAUUUGUUAGGGAUAAUAUUAGAGGAGUUGCUGAGGAGAUUGAAUCAUGGACUAGAUGUCCUGUUAUCCAAGUAGAUGUUAAGAAGAGUUUAGAGAAUUCAUGGCUUAAUGUUGAUAAAGAUAUCACAAUACCACAAGUAAUUCCUGUAAAAAACUCUGAGAUGGCUAUCCCUAACAAACUAAUUCAACCUUAG